GGAAGUGGAAUCAAACUGGUUUCGAAUUACAACGGGUCGGCGAUCGAGCAUCAGCAACAACUAAACUUUUUGUUCCGAGUUGCUGACCGUAGUGUGGCGGAGCGGACAGAGAGAAAGAGAGGCGGGAGUUUUCUGUCCCGUCUCGGGGAGGACCUGGAAAGGACGGAUUCCCUUUCCUUGCAGGCUGUGCGACCAGCGGUCGUGGGAGGGGUGCGGGAUGGUGUCGCGGGCCAGUGUCGUGACCCUCCUGUCUCUCCUCCUCCUCCUGUCUCCACUCUUCCUCCUCCUGCCCAAGGCCAGCACCGCCUCCGACCCUCUAUCCUGGGAUGAGAACGGUUACAUCCUCUACUGUCCCUGUAUGGGUCGAUUUGGAAACCAGGCUGACCACUUGCUGGGCUCACUGGCCUUCGCCAAGAUGCUGAACCGGACGCUGGCGGUCCCUCCCUGGGUGGUCUACCGGCACCACACCCCUCCGUACACAAACGCCCACGUUCCGUUCUCGGAGUACUUCCAGUUGGAGAGGCUGCAGGAUUUCCACCGGGUGGUCAGCAUGGAGAGCUUCAUGGAGCAGCUGGCACCCCAGCACUGGAAGCCCGGCCAGAGGGUGGCUUAUUGCUUUGAGGCUGCUGCCCAGCGCAGCGCUGAUCGGUCCUCCUGUCCCAUGAAGGACGGGAACCCCUUCGGGCCAUUCUGGGACCACUUUGGCGUGGAGUUUGACCGCUCCGAGCUCUUCAGCGGGAUCACCUUCAGCUCCUACUACAAGGCCCAGUGGAUGGAGAGGUAUCCAGCAUCUGAGCACCCGGUGCUGGCCCUCCCUGGGGCUCCGGCCCAGUUCCCCGUCCUGAGUGAACACCGUCAUCUGCAGAGGUUUGUGGUCUGGGCCGACAGGUUUGCAGAGGAGGCGGAGGGGCAGAUCCAGUCCCUACUUCUCAGGCCCUACCUGGGCAUUCACCUGCGCGUCGGAGUGGACUGGAGAAAUGCGUGCAGCAUGGUGAAGGAGGGCACAGCCGGCCCCCACCUCAUGGCAUCCCCACAGUGCGUUGGCGACCACCAUCACUCAGCCCGCCCUCUCACCAUGGAGAUGUGCCUGCCCAGCCUGGCCGAGAUCCAGCGGGCAGUGGGGACCUGGGCGCACGCCAUCGGCGCCAAGUCUGUCUACGUCGCCAGCGAUUCAGAGCCCUACACCGAGAAGAUCAAGGAGGCUGUGGGCCGAAAGGUCCAUGUGAUCCACCGCCCUUCCCAGUUGCCACAGACUGACCUCUACAUCCUGGCCCAGGCUGACCACUUCAUCGGGAACUGCGUCUCCUCCUUCACCGCCUUCGUCAAGCGAGACCGGGACGUCCACCGCCGCCCCUCCUCCUUCUUUGGCAUGGACCACCCCCCUUCGCCCAGGGAUGAGCUCUGAGCCGGCGCGUGUGGACGGACAGAGGGGUGGAGGCGUGGGGUGUUGGGGGAGGGGGGCAGAGCAAACCCCCCACAUUCACGUCACCUCAGACCCCAAGAAUGACAGUGGGGGUGGGGGGUGUUUGUGACUGGCCUACCUGUGUCCUGGGAGAGGUGGGGGCCUGCCAAUAUCACCACCACCUCCCCGCUGCCUUUUGCCCCAGCUGAAAGAAAAGAUCUGCCCAGAAGGGGGGGGGGCAAUGUAUGGCGAUCAGGGGGCGAAAAAACAUAGGCCAACACAGGGUCAACCAUUGGAUGGGUGUCACCCAAUUUUGACUCCUCCCUCCUCAGCCGACCUCCUCCCUCCCCAGCCUACCUCCUCCCUCCAUUUGUUGCUCUUAUCGCCUCUCCCCAUCAUUCCCUUCUUGUUCAACCCCAUUCACCCCAAUCCUCACCCAUUCUCCUCAAUGCUCCCCCAUUCUCCCCCUCCCCUCUAAUCAUCACCCAUUUACCAUCUCCAAAAUCCUCCGCCAUUCUCCGAUCCUCCUCCCCCACUGUCUCCUCUCCCUAAUCCCCCUUCCUAACCUGACGAAACAAUCCUCCCACAUUCUGUUCCCCAAUCCUAAACCCCUACACACACACACACACACACACACACGCACACACACCCACAUACAUACACACACACACACACACACACACACACACAAAAAAACACACACGCACACACACACACACACAAUUCCAGCUCUGGGCCAGGUGGGUGUGGUCCUGGGAGAGGGUGUAACUCGUGGGUGGCUGGGUCCAUCAGCCCCGCUGGAGACGGGAGUGACAGCCAUUAUGCUUUGGUCCACUUGGGGCACACCUGAGAGAACCUGUGUGUCUACAUGCCCCAAAGGCACUGACUGACAGAAUUACAGCAACACCAAGUUUUACGAAUAAA